UUUAUCAUGGCGACUGUGGACAAAGUUCGGAUUGUUACACUUUAAUGCCAAAUACUAAAUGUGAUUUUCAUUUACUACUGUGUGUAUGCGACACUGAUUACACCUAUGACUCAGAAAGCGUCACGUGCCAGGGAGGCGCGACCACGACCCCAGCCCCUGAUAGCACUACCGCAGCGCCUAUUGGUUAUGGUGAACAAUGUUCGGCAACAUCUGAGUGUGUUGCCCAUUCAUCAUGCACGCGCGGCACGUGUUCUUGCAAUGCGGGCUACAGAACCAACGGAACUAUGUGCCAGAAAAUAAUUGGCGGACCUUGUGUUUACACAUCCCAGUGUACAUACUACGAACCCAACUCCAACUGUAAUAAUCGGUUCAUGCAAGUGUCUGGACGGGUAUUAUGAGACAGAGGUGCUUUGUUCGAAAGGGGGACAAGCGCAGACCUUCAGCUUUUUGGUAGUCGUUGCUCACGUGCUAUUUGUUGCUAUGGUAACGAAGCGUUUACCUUCAUCUUUAUAAGGCGGAUGAUAAACAAAAAAGAAAUGUGGUGAUUUAAAGAAUAGUUAAUCCAAUUAUAUUUUGCAUGCUGAAUACAAAUAAUACAUGGAUUGUUAAAAUAGUAUACAUACUGACACUAGAUAUUCUUUGAAGUUUUGUUGACUCGCCUUUUGCGUUCUGCUUGCUUUUCUCGCUCACCUGACUCGCUCUCCUUUGACAUUGGCUGUAAAAUUGGCAAUUAUUGAGACACUACAUUGUAUCAUCUGCAUUGUUGAAUCAUUUUAAUCAUUGUACUUUAUCGUUGUAACAGAUCAUUUGAAAUAUAUUUUAUGCUAAGCUGUUGAUUUGUAACAAGUAGACACAUUUUCAUAUAAGUCGCCGAAAAGGCGACUG